GUCUAACUGGCCCUGAUCCACCUGCAGACUUCAGCUGCUGGACUCACCUUGGAGUGGCCAGACCCCACGUCUGGAUUUCAGAGAUGCGUUUGGAAGUCCCCGACACGUAGAGAACUUUCAGGGACCUGGAGAAGCAGAGCGGCAGCUUCUGUGUUCACAACUUCCUUCAACAUCAGCAACAACGUGUAGCUCCGCUACAUCUUUCUCUUGUAAGCGUUUCCUCUCCAGCCAGCAACAUUUCACCCAAAAGCAGACAACCGGAUCGUCCUGCGCUCACGCGGCUGGUCGGCAGGAAGCGGCUCGUGGCAGCAGGGGUCCUAGGGGUUGUAAUGGUUCUGGUUCUGGUCAUCCUCAUCCCGGUCCUGGUAAACUCAGCGGGGUCGGCGGCGCACUACGAGAUGCUUGGUACCUGUAGGAUGGUGUGCGACCCCUACGGAACCAAGUCUCCGACCAGCACCGUCACGACGGACACGGUCCGAGACAACCGCCUCGUAGAGUCUUUACCCACUUUUAUCCAAGGUCCGAGAGGGGAACCGGGUCGUCCGGGUAAGACGGGUCCGAGGGGACCUCCCGGUGAGCCAGGUCCUCCCGGACCAGCGGGGCCACCGGGAGAGAAGGGUGUACCGGGUAGAUCUGGGUUACCGGGACCUCCGGGACCCAGCGCAGCUGCCGGAGCGAUCAGCGCGGCCACCUACAGCACUGUGCCCAAGAUCGCCUUUUACGCGGGGCUGAAGAAGCAACACGAGGGCUACGAGGUGCUGAAGUUCGACGACGUGGUGACCAACCUGGGGAACCACUACGACCCGACCACCGGCAAGUUCACGUGCUCCAUCCCUGGGAUUUAUUUCUUCACUUACCACGUCUUGAUGCGCGGAGGGGACGGCACGAGCAUGUGGGCCGAUCUGUGCAAAAACAACCAGGUGCGUGCCAGUGCCAUAGCCCAGGAUGCAGACCAGAACUAUGACUAUGCCAGUAACAGUGCUGUGCUGCAUCUGGAGCCAGGAGACGAGGUCUACAUUAAACUAGACGGAGGCAAAGCCCAUGGAGGCAACAACAACAAGUACAGCACCUUCUCUGGAUUCAUCAUCUACGCCGACUAG